AUGCGCGAUCUUUCGCGGUUCAGGUGUCUCUCUCUGCUACACAUCAAGCCAAGAUCUUCUCACCAAACCUGCCAAAUCCUAGCUCAAUUGAUCUUAAAUCGCCUCACUUCCCCGCCUCAUUUGGCCAAAUUGGUAGAACAGUACUGUCGCUCGACCUCCGGCACCCGCCAAGCAAACUCGAUCCUCGCCCAAUUUCACCACCCAAACCUGUUCCUCUUCAAUACUCUGAUCCGAUGCACCCGCCCAAAGGACUCCAUCCAUCUUUUCGCCACCUGGGUUUCGAGGAACAACCUGGUUUUCGACGAUUUCACCUAUCUCUACGUUCUGGGUUCCUGCGCGAGAUCACCGUCGUUCUCGUCGUUGUUGCUGGGGAGACAGAUUCAAGGAAGGGUUCUGAAACAAGGGUUCAUUGCGAAUUUGAUGAUCCCGACGACUUUGAUUCAUUUUUACGGAUGGAAUAAGGAUGUAUAUUCCGCGAGAAAGGUGUUCGAUGAAAUGCCCGAGAGAAGCGUUGUGACGUGGAAUGCGAUGAUGACUGGGUAUUGCUCGCAGAGAGAGAAGGCUGACGAAUAUGCUUAUGAUGGGGUAAUGCUGUUUAAGGAGAUGUUGGUUGUUGAUGGUAAAGAGAGACCGAAUGACACCACGAUGGUUGGCGUGCUCUCUUCUUGUUCCCAAUUGGGGAUGCUUGAAACUGGAGCUUCCCUCCAUGGUUACAUGGAGAAAACCAUUUGUCUGCUUGAUAUGGAUGUUUAUUUAGGCACUGGUUUAGUUGACAUGUAUUCAAAAUGCGGCUGUCUGGAUAGUGCUCUGAAGGUGUUUAAUGGAAUGCGUGUGAAGAAUGUGCUGACAUGGACGGCUAUGGCGACAGGUCUUGCCAUUCAUGGGAAAGGGAAAGAAGCAAUGGAAGUUUUCAACUUGAUGGCAAGUUUCGGUGUUAAACCUAAUCUGGUAACUUUCACGAGCUUGCUCUCAGCUUGUUGCCAUGCGGGUCUAGUUGAGGAGGGGGUUCAUUUGUUUGAGAUAAUGGAAGUUCAAUUUGGUCUCCGCCCGGGAUUGAGGCAUUAUGGAUGCAUCGUCCAUCUUCUUGGCAAGGCUGGAUACGUAAGAGAUGCUUACGAGUUCGUCAAGAGAAUGCCGGUGGAGCCUGAUCUAGUCCUAUGGAGGAGCUUACUGAGUUCAUGUAAAGUCCAUGGAGAUGUCGAUUUGGGUGAGGAAGUGGGCAAGAUAGUCGUACACUUGCAUCCAGAAAUGAUGGAGUUGAGUGAGGAUUAUGUAGCUUUGUCUAACAUCUAUGCAUCAGCUGAGCGAUGGAAAGAGGUCGAAACAGUGAGGAAAGUAAUGAAGGUGAAGGGGGUAGUCAAUAAGCCGGGAUCAAGCUUAGUUCAAGGCAUAAGCAAUCAUAUCCCCUUGGGAUGA